CAGCAGAUGGCAGUACACCGAAACACACACAGAGCUCUCUGCUUUUCAGUGAAUCUGGUUCGAGUGCUUUAGCGCCGUCAUGCAGACUUUUUAAACACAUUGAACUUCACGAGUAUUAGAUCUGAAAUAUAGACGACACAGUUGAAAUCAUGACAGUGCGGUAUUUACGUCUCUCCUCAUCAUCCAGGUGUUCAGUACAAUAGCACUAGCCCUGAAACGCAGCAGGCCGCAAUGUGGGUACUGGACUUGGGGAAGCGGUUUGAGAAUGCGUUUAACGAAAAAGUAGGUAAAGUACUGUCCAGCUAAAGCAGUCCCUAAGUUUAAAAGCAAACCAUGUUGAGCAGACUGCAAGAGCUGAAGAAGGAAGAGGAGACCCUGCUGAAGGUCAAGGCUUUGUUGCUGGACCAGCUCAACAGACUGAAGGUGGAGGAGCUGGCUCUACAGUCCAUGAUAAGCACAGAGAGGGAGGACAGCGAUGCUUCCAGCCCAGCCCAGCCUGACCUUGCAGAGAUUGCCAUGCAGGUAGACGAUGAAAGCAAAAUCAAUCAGACUGAACUUCAGCUAAACGCCUGUGCUGUGGAACAAGGCCUGGAGGAGGAACAGGAGGAAGAGGAAGAGGAGGAAGAGGACAACUGAACUCCAGAAGCGAUUACCAGGGGCAUAUCUAAUAGACUUGUGCCCCUUAAUGUCAGUAUUUGUACAGCAUCAGGUCUUGUUUCUUUCUGUACCAAAUAAUGUGCAGUGUAUCUCUGCUAAAGAAAAUGUUGUUCAUUUUCUAAGUGCCAGUGUAGGGCACGCACCUUACACAGAGAGGUGAGACAGCGCGCGCUUCUUACAAAGUGCAUUGGUAUUGCUUGCAGUCUGAUUCCGGGAUGCCAUAUACAUGACUCAGGUCUGCAGUUUGGAUUGUGCUUUGAUUUUAGAUGUCAGUAAGGUGAGGAGCAGAUAUAUCUGGCAUCUCUUCUGUCCCCCACACCUUCUUCGUCCUUUAGUUCCUUUUCUCAUUAUGUCAAGACUAACUGAUUUUGAAGUAUUUUACUGAAGAAACGUGUCUCUUUCUUAUGCAGCAGAGCUGUUUAUGAAGCUUAACAAUCCUUAAAAAGCUCGUUUUUAUUUAUUUUUGUUGCAGUUUUUGAUAUAACUGCACUGUCUCAUUCAUGAAGAGAAAACAAUGCAACUGUUGCUACUGUUGAUCCUGAAUGCUAGUUUUCUAAUUUUGAGAAAGAUUAAAGAUAUUAAAAGUACUGCCAUAUUAUUCCAACGUGUAAACAUUUCUAACAUGUUGUUUUUUUUCCCCCAAUCCUCUCGUUACUCCCUGGAGAAUGUUUUAUAGUAAUAACUCAACAGAUAUAUUAUGCUUGGCCUUGUAAGGGUGGAAAUAAGACUCCUGUUGCGCAGCAGUUUGAGCCAUUCCAGGUUUUACAAGAUGAGCCUCAAGUCGUCACACCUAAGCUCUUUUGACCCCAUUGGCACAGCCGUGUGGACCCCCCCCCCCCCCCCCCCCCCACCUCCCUGCAGUGCCGUGGUGGUUCUGUUUCUGUCCAUGUGAAGUGAAGCUGUGUGUAACCCUGUGUUGAACAGUUCAGGCUGUACUCGAGUUCUCUUCUCCCAGGAAUCUGCACAGGCACAUUGCGUCUUUACACUGCUCUGUACACAUGCUCUUUAGUCGGGACCCGGUACAGAGUUUCCUUCAUUCGCCUUUUUAACGCAACAGCGUAAACAACAGUGUUAUCCUUACCUUAGAAGGAUCUUUUUUGGUUGAAUCUACUGUAUAGGUUAGCAAUUUAGAGCUUUUUGUUUUUGUGAAAUAGUCAAGAUCACUGAGGAAUCGCACUCCAGCAAGCACAUACAGGUACUGUUUCCACUAUAGAAAAUUGUUUGAGGUACAGCUGAAUUUUUGAAAAGUGGGCAUUUGAUUAAUAAUAAUAAUAAUAAUAAUAAUAAUAAUAAUAAUAAUAAAGUGCUUUGUUUAAGUCUCUUUUUUCUCUUCUUUUUGUUCAACUUGUUUUAUUGAACUUGCCAUGCUGUAUGGAUGUUUUGAAUUGUGGUUGACAGAAUCUCCUAAUGUUCUGUGUUUAAAUAAAGAUGUUUAUAAUACAAGUGUUUGUUGUUGUUGUUGUUGUUUCUUUUUUAUUAAAUAGCUUGUGUUUGUUUGGAUGGCUGCUGACUGGCGGCCGGUCGGUUCAGUUGAAGCGGACUCUUCGGAUGGACCCCACCGUGCUCCCCAGUCACUGGUUUUGUAGUAUAUCAUAAAGUACCUGUUCUGCAGUGGAGGGGUUAUCAUGAUGGCUUUUUUGGUUGCAAAAAUCCCCAAUAUAUUAAAGUUUAACCAUGUAAUCCUAAAGUUUAAAUAUGUAUAUAACAUCCCCAGACACAAUCUGUAAGCAUGCUAGACCUAGCCCCUUUUCUAAAUGGUAGCAGUCUUCCUUCUGAUUUCUGUCACUGUUUAAUAAUUAGCAAAAGGGCCCAAACUCAUUUGUCACAUAAAUCUGAUUAAUUAUUACAUUGUUCCAGUUGCUUUUGCCUGAUUGAAGACAUAUUCGUUUUUUAAAAAUUAUUAUUAUUAUUUUCUAAUGUUACAGGCUCAUGCCAAGGUUUGGCACACUUAUGACAACCAAUGGCGCAGCAAACAAAAAGGUAUGGUUGGCAUUUCCCUGAACGGUGACUGGGGUGAGCCUGUUGACUUUACAAGCCAGAAGGACAUUGAAGCCGCUGAAAGAUACAUCCAGUUUUACCUUGGCUGGUUCGCAACCCCCAUAUUUAAUGGAGACUAUCCACAAGUGAUGAAAGACUACAUAGGUAGGAAGAGUGCACAGCAAGGCCUGGGAACCUCAAGGCUGCCGACCUUCUCGUCCCAGGAAAAGAGCUACAUCAAGGGAACAUGCGAUUUCCUUGGAAUCGGGCAUUUCACUACCCGGUACAUCACACAGAAAAACUUCCCAGCCAGUCACGGCCCCAGCUACUUCACAGACAGGGACCUGGCAGAGCUGGUGGACCCCCGGUGGCCUGACCCUGGCUCUGAAUGGUUGUAUUCUGUGCCAUGGGGGUUCAGGCGCUUGCUCAAUUUCGUGAAGACUCAGUAUGGAAACCCCAUGAUCUACGUGACAGAGAAUGGAGUGUCUGAAAAGAUGACUUGUACGGAGCUUUGUGAUGAUUGGAGAAUGCAGUACUUCAAGGAAUACAUCAAUGAGAUGCUUAAAGCGAUUAAGGAUGGUGUGAAUGUGAAAGGAUACACUGCCUGGUCCCUGCUGGAUAAGUUUGAAUGGGAUGAGGGUUACUCCGAGAGGUUUGGAUUGUACUAUGUUGAUUUUAGAAACAAGAAUAAACCACGCUACCCAAAGGCCUCGGUCCAGUAUUACAAAAGGAUCAUCAGUUCAAAUGGAUUCCCGAACCAGAAGGAGGCUGAAAACUGGCAUCGCAAGGCAAUAGAGACCUGCUCUUCAAGUAAUCAGCUUCUUGCUGCAGCUAGAAGAAAGUCCAAGGAAAAUAAGGAACAUGCAGAAAUGCCAAAGGUUUGGCCAGUGCAUGAUCAAGUUUAGGUACUAAAGAAAAUAUCUGAAAUUAAACUGAAAUUAAAACAACCACAAAGAGAUACAACCUGAUUGAAAACAUUGUUAAUUAGUGCUUGGACAAAUAAAAUACUGCCAUAUAAAAAAGGUGUGGUAUAUGUUUUUUGUGCUGUGUUUUUACUAAAUAUGUUAAAUGUUAAUUUAUUUGUAUUAACAAUUAACUCUUUGAGGGCUUUUGAUUAUUUUAUUGAUAAAAAAAGAUUUACUCUCUAUUACUGUUCAAUUAUAGAAGUAAAAAAUAGCAAUCAAGCCACAAACGUUUUUUUAAAGAGCUACAUAUAUGUGUAAUUCUGUAUAUUAUUGGUACCACCUACAGGAAGACCCUGUGAUUGGACUUCCUGUAUAGCAAC